ACUCUACUGAACUCAUUCCCCUAUCCAAUCCCCAACUCAGGCUUUACUUAGACUUGCCCUCCACCGAGAUCGUUGCGACAGAAUUCGUAAAUAUCAAGCAUGUCUUCUAAACACCGGAGGCUUCAGAGGGAAUGCAAGGAAAAGGGUCUUUCGGCUGGAGGGAAGACAAAAGAUUUGAUAAAGCGUCUGGAAUCCAAGAUGAGAGAGGAUUCGGCUGGCCCCGCCGAAACAGUUGGAGAAGGGGCCGAAUGUGCCGCUAUCUUAGUCACGGAAACUGCAAUCGCAGAGGAAGAGAUGAUGAAGGGGCUGGCGAAAGAGGCCUUGGAAGUGGCACUGAACGAGGAUGACUUGUGUGUUGAUGGAGACAACAACGGGAAUAUGUUUGUGGGAAACAAAGUUGGUCUUCGAUAUGCCGUCUCUCCCGCAAAAGUGGCAAAACUAGAACAGAAGAGCAAACAGCUGAAGGAGAAAAUCCACGACCUAAAAUCGGACACUGCUCUGCUCGAAGGUCGCGUCCGCCUUUUGUCGCUUUCUCCCCAGUCUCACAACAGUGUCAGACACCGAUAUAUUAGUACUUACAAUCGGGACAUUCGUAGAACUCCAACUGAUACCGAUUUCAAGUUCAUCCAACUGGGGAACCAGGAGGCCCAUGGGGGCGAUGCUGUUGCCGAUUGCUUACUAUACACCGAAACGAAUCCACGGGAUGAUUUUGCCAGCUUCAUUGAACUGUAUGGGCUGCACCCGGAUGUUGUUGGACGGCUUAGUAAGUGUUUACCUUCUCCACAGGCACAUGAGACAUUUAGUUAACCCUUCUAGAAUUGUUGCAGACACUAAAUUUGCUUAACUUGCAUGCUACGGCACGCACGUCGAACCCUCAGCCCUGCCAUGAUCACUUUUUCUCUCUUUUCCCAGUUUUUAUCACCCAGUUUGCAACAAAAGGUCGUGGCUUCAUGGAGGGUUACAUUGAAGAUCAAUUUUCAGUAGUCAAUCACGCAUAUUGGGCGUGUUUUAAAUGUUACGAUAGUGUUGCAGGGGAAGUUGGUGCUUGUCAUUAGUUAAUAGUUCUCUUACUUGCAUUUCACUAGAUUGGCUGUAGUUCUAAAAUUUGUUCUUUUUUGCACACCCUCUUCUAAGCAGAGGUCAUGAACAUUGGGCAUUUUAGAAGCACU